UUGAGCUGUAUUGACAAGAGAUAUUGAACCCGAUACGCUUCCGAACAGCACUGCCGAACGAGGUGGCGCGCCCGAGUGCCAAUGCCCAAACACGCGAACCAUGCACGCGAAGCUGGGCAGUGGCGGCAUCUACAAGAGCUGAUAAACGUCUUAUCCAGCAUUCCAAAAUGCUACUUUGACCCUCCACUGUCGCAUAGUCCAGCCUGCCGAUCACACGCUGUUCGCAUUCUUCAUGUCUCGAGUCGAAAACGAAAUUACUGCCGUUGAUUCACGCACAUGGUGACAGCGAACCUCAUCGGUCCCUGUGCACUUGGCGCAUACAGUAUCCACAACCAGUGCCUUUCUUACUGGCGAGGACUGCAUACAGUAGCAAGCCAGAACUCGGGGCCCCGUGGAGAAUCCUGGUGUACCAAGUUGUGAGCAUGUAUCGGUUCGCUUGCCUAGGCAGCGGCACUGUCUUCGGAUCCGUUGUGCUUGCUACAAAGCUCAGGUGAGGUCUCUCAUCACUUCCAACUUCCAGCUCUAACUUGGUCCAUAUUCCCUCCUUCUCCAUCAUGGACAACGAGAAACAGGAAGUCCUCAGGAUCGAGAGGGCAUCGCCCUAUACCUCAGACAGCGAGUAUGGCGCCCAGACUCAGCGGGUUGAGGCUCUUGACGAAGAUCUAGAGUUCUCAUACCCCGAGCAACGCAAGAUCAUACAUCGUAUCGACAAGCGGCUGGUGCUGAUGGCUGGUCUCAUGUAUUGCGUCUCACUAAUGGACCGGUCCAACUUGCCAAACGCUGCAGUUGCUGGCAUGAAUGUUGAGCUAGAGGUGAAUGUCGGCUUUCGAUAUUCUACUGUGGCUCUUGUCUUCUUCGUUACCUAUACGAUCUUUCAGCCUCCUGCCACAAUCCUUACCCGCAAGCUUGGACCGCGACCAUUCCUAGCCGGCCUCUGUAUCGCAUGGGGAGCUGUCAUGAUCGGCUUUGGUUUCGUCCAGAACUGGGUUGUGCUGAUACCUCUGAGGGUCCUGCUCGGAACGUUUGAAGCGGGCUUCUUUCCUGGUUGUGUUUUCCUGAUCUCUACGUGGUACGCCCGAUACGACCAGCAAAAGCGUUUCGCGCUCUUCUACAUCCUCGGAGUCGUAGCAUCUGGUGGAAGCGGCAUUCUAGCAUACGGACUACAGCAGAUGGACGGGUUGUCCGGGUACACAGGCUGGCGCUGGAUAUUUAUUAUCGAGGGUAUCCUCACCGUCAUCAUUGGCAUCGCUGGGUACAUAUUCCUCGUUGACUUUCCAGAUCGCGCGAUCAAGAAGCAGCACUGGCGCUUUCUUAAAGACAAUGAGAUCCUGUUUAUCAUGCGCCGCAUCAAGAAGGACAGGAACGAUGCCGAAGCCGAGCCUUGGAACUUCCGACUCUGGUUGAGUGGUGGAGCAGAUUGGAAGGUGUGGUCGUUUGCAUUGAUCUUUUUCUGUCUCACCACGCCGGCUUAUGCGAUGUCGUACUUUCUGCCAAUCCUGCUCCGAGAGAAUAUGGGAUUCUCGGUCAUGCUCUCGCAGAUUUUGUCCGCCCCGCAAUAUAUUUUUGCCGCCUUUGUCAUUAUGGCCUGCGCCUGGUUUGGCGACAAGUACAAAGUACGAGGACCACUACUUCUCGUCAACUGCAUAUUAGGCAUCAUUGGUCUCCCUCUUCUGGGCUUCGCCAGUUCCUCAGGUGUCCGCUUCUUCGGUACGUUCCUCAUUUGUGCCUCAGCUCAAGGUGGAAUUCCUACGUGUAUGGCUUACCAGGCCAACAACGUCCGUGGACACUGGAAGAGAGCUUUCACGUCAGCGACUCUGAUAGGUGGAGGAGGGAUAGGCGGUAUCGCUGGCUCUCUUGUCUUCCGAUCGCAAGACAAGCCUGAGUACUUGCCAGGUGUUUAUGCCUGCUUGGUUUGCAAUAUCAUCAUUGCUAUUCUGGUUUGUGUCAACACGGUGUACUUUCGGGUCGAGAAUCAGAAGGCAGAUCGUGGCGAAAAGGUUCUGGAGGGAGAUCCGAACUUCCGGUAUACCAUAUAGAUCAUGGCGAUGUCUUGGUUCUAUCACGGCUUGAGGGGAAGGCUCGGAGCCAUACUUCGCUCCUGACACUUGUACUGAUGCUAUCGGGCAGAUACCAUGCAAUCGCACAAUGUCCGCCAAAGACGCCUGAACUCAAUCAACAUACGAUCUGGACAAGGCCCAGUGGUGGUCUGAU